UGGCUGUGUUAUGCUUUCAGCACGUUGGACAGAGGCACCGGAUUCUUGCAUGGACUAAAACACCGAGUGGACGCCAACUCUCUCUCUCUCUUUGCCAACCCCUUGCCAAACCCGGGAUUCUUUUUUCAACUUUUGGUAAGCCAAUAAGCCCACUAAGGGGGGCCUGUGUUCUGAAAACGGAUAACGAAAAAAAAGCGCUUGCCAGUAAAAAAAAAAAAGCCAAACAAAAAAAAAGCUUGUGCUUUAAAGAUGUGUUGCGCCCGGUGAUAGAGCAUGUGAAAGUUGAAAUGUUGGAGCCACUGUAAGGCGUCCGUUCUCUUACCCCCCCGCUCCGUUCUCGCUAGUCUACCGCGUUAACUUUGGGACAUGCAAGUCUUGGUCGUGGAGAUCUAACCACGUAGUGGUUAUCUGCCCUUAUAAAAGUUCCACCAGGUUAGAAGAGUGAUGACCAUCCUGUUCCUUACUAUGGUUAUUUCAUACUUCAGUUGCUUAAGAGCUGCGCCCCUGAGAGAUGCCCCAGGCAUGCGGGCCCACCGGACAGAAGGCUUCUUGGGCACUGCGGCGACCGAGGCCCGGGGCCACGGGACUCCGCAGAGCGGGGCCGGGCCGGGCCAGCGCGGGGCCCUCCACUCGCUCACAGACACGUUCGAGCAGGUGCUAGAGGAGCUUCUGGAGGUGGAAGAGGAGGCGGCCCAGUUGGGACAGGGGACCGAGAAGGGCCCGGCGGGAGGGGGCGUCCUGGAAUCCCUGGUCGCCACGGAGACAAAGGAUGUCGAUCUGUACGAGUCACGGGUCAUGAUCAGCAACCAAGUGCCUUUGGAGCCGCCUUUGCUCUUUCUUCUGGAGGAAUACAAAAAUUACCUGGACGCGGCAAACAUGUCCAUGAGGGUGCGGCGACACUCGGAUCCCUCAAGACGCGGCGAGCUCAGCGUGUGUGACAGUAUUAGCCAAUGGGUGACAGCUGUGGAUAAAAAGACGGCAAUAGACAUGUCUGGGCAGACAGUUACCGUCAUGGAAAAGGUCCCUGUCCCCAACGGCCAGCUGAAGCAAUACUUUUACGAGACCAAAUGCAACCCCAUGGGUUACACAAAGGACGGCUGCAGAGGAAUAGACAAGCGGCACUAUAACUCCCAGUGCAGGACAACCCAGUCCUACGUGCGAGCGCUUACCAUGGAUAGCAAAAAGAAGAUUGGCUGGCGGUUUAUAAGGAUAGACACUUCAUGUGUAUGUACAUUGACCAUUAAAAGAGGGAGAUAGUGUAUAACAUGUAUAGAUUUUAUUGAAGAGUUUGAAAAAUGAAAGAGAAAAAAUAUCUAUUUGUAUAUAUACAUAACAGGGUAAAUUAUUCCGUCAAAUGAAAAUUUUAUGGACUGCAUGUAAAAAAAGAUGACGUUUAUACAGUAAAAGUGAUACUACAGUCUAUUUAUUGAACAUAUUCAUGACCUUGUAAACAAUUAAAAAAAAAUCUGAUCAGUCAUUUGCGCCCAGUUCAAAUUACUAUAUCACAUUCCUCAAGACAUUGUGACUUGUUUACGUUGCCAAGAAUUAGAAAAUGAAGGAAGAAUCAGGCAAGGAAGGAGGGACAAUUCCAUCUUCAAAAGCUUGCAUGCUGCUUCAAUUGUGAAUUGAGAAAUCCUCCUCUAAAAAAAUUAAGAUGAUGCCGACCAAAACAUUUGGUUGACAUACUCAGCAGAAAAACGUUUUUCCUCUCCAGUAAUUGAUCUGUUUACCGUCCUAAACCUCACGAGGUGAUGUUACAUACUAUGUCAAGGUGCUGUUGUCAAAGCUUUGCUGUCUAUUUUUUUAUCCCCACCAGAGUACUAUAUAUAAGAUUAUAUAAGAAUAUAAAA